UUUCCCUUGCCUCGACUCUUGACCACGAUCUGAGCGCCUCCUUCAGUCGAGCCUUUGGUCUCGCUCUCCUUUCUUUCUUCUUCUCUCCCGCUUUCAUGACAUCAGUCGCCUUCGAUUCUGCUCCAAGGGCCUUACCGCCUCUCCCCCCUCCAGCCCACUCAAAUUCCGCCUUCGUCCCGCCCCCGCCAAACUUACCGCUUGAUUCUCCUGCUGGCUCGCUGUACCAUUCUCAGAACCACACUUUCUCUGCAGAGCCAGGUCCGUCCACUCCUUCAACGCCUACAAGUCCAACGACCCCCGUUUCGCCUUCUUAUCCAGAGUCAAAACCUAAGCGAAGCAAUCCUUUAACUGAUCUUGUAGACACGGAAAAGAACUAUGUUGAGCAGUUGACCGGCAUCAUCAGGAAAGUUGCUGCAGCAUGGUCCCGUACUAAUUUACCCCCGGCCGAGCUCGAUACAAUGUUUAGAAGUAUUGAGAGUGUAUACAAGGCCAACCGAAGUCUGUUGACGAAACUUAAAGAGAUUGGCACCAAUCCUUCCUCGCCAAAGGCUUUGGGCGACUUACUCAUGCGCUGGAUUGAUGAUUUGGAAAUGCCGUACACCAAUUACUGCUACAAGUACUGCUGUGGCUUCGAUGACUGGGAUCUUGUUUCAUGCAAUACUCGCCUGCCGUCCAUUAUCGCCGCCUUCUCCACGGCCCUACCUCCUCCAACGUCACUUAUUACUUCCCCCGAAGAUCCGCCUUUGUGGACUCUUGAUGCUCUCUUCCUACUUCCUAAACUUCGUCUUAAAUACUACAGGAAACUCUACUCAAGACUUCUAAAAAGUACGGUUCCUGGUCGGAGCGAUCAUCGACUCUUGGUUGGCGCUUUGGAUAAACUAGACAUGCUGUUGGAUACAUUGGAGCAGAGAGCACAUAUCAGGGUCACCUCAACACAAUCACCGUUUACCGAGCCCCCUAUGUUGCAAGGUGAGGAUGAAGUGGUGUUUGACCUUCGGACGCAAAGGGAAAGUGCGACAGUGUCACCGGCACUAAGUGCACCAGUUCAUAGUGAUGCUGAUGCAACACCGAACAGCUCAAGUAGUUCGGCCCGAGGAAGCAGCGUGCUAGGGGAGCGUCUCUCGAGAGAGACAGCGACGACGUCGAUUAGUCUCCGUUCAUCUCAGACUAUGUCGACACCAAUUUCGGAUCUGGAAAGGCGGUUAUCUACUGAACGAACGUUGGACAUUUUCACUAUGAAAUCAAAGAGCGUCCGCCUCCAAAUGUCGCCGCCUACGCUUACUUUUAAGCGGGAGCUUCGCCUAUCUAUGGAUGUCAACAUUACAUUAACGCCACGUGCUACGGGCGUGGAAGUUGUUCAUCGUCGAGGGCAUGUUUUUCUCUUGUCAGAUCUGUUUUUGGUAUGCGAAAAGAUGACGCCCGAAGAACGUUCAGCUGGAGGUCUGGACGGUCCGGAUAUGUGGUUAUGUUACCCUCCUUUAGCCGGGAAAGUGCUGCGUGUAUCCGAAGUGAGUGGUCAAGAAACAGCAUUGAAUGUUGCCAUUAUGCGAAAAGAGCAUUUAUUCUUGCAGACGGAGUCUGUUCAGGCUCGCAAUUUCAUGAUAUCUGAAUUCCGAGAAUGUAUCGAAUUUGCAAACUCCAUCGCCCCUGCGAAGCAGCCACCACCGCCCAUGCCACCUCUUCCUGGCCUACCACCGACAGACGUCCCUCAACCGCAAAAUACAAUGCCGCCACAAGCGGUUAAUAGGAGCCAGAGCAUUAGUCCUCCACAACGAACAUCUUUGUCCUCUCCUCCGGUACUCCAGCCUCUCCAAUUUGAUGGACCGUCCAGCGGACCUCCAUCUUCAUACCGACCCGUCGAGAAUGGCCGGAGCCCCCCUUAUUCCCCUGAUGACCUCAUGAAAAAUUUUAAUAGUAAUGUCCCGCAGCGAAUGCCCUCUUUAGACAGUCAAUAUUCACCUACGCCUAACGUACAACGCAUACCAUCGGUGGCACACUCAUUGCACGAGCAACGUCCUUCUGCCGGUGGACUUCCCAAUAUACCCAUGUCUAUCAGUCCAGGUCAAGUCAUUGCACCUUCCAGGAGCACCAGCGCCGCGUCCCACCACACGUACAGUAAUCAGCAACCUCGCCCGCCAAUGUCCCUCGUCUCACCUGGUGAACGUAUGGCUGAACCUUCGUUUCAUCAGCAGCCGCCGCCUUCCCCAAUGCGACUGCCAGGUCCUCAGGGUGGUUACGGUGUUCCUCCGCGUCCACCCUCCGAGCCUUUAUACCCUAAUGGCAUGCGGAAGCCACCUUCUACGCGGUCGCUUCAUUCCCAAUAUGAGCAGCCAUACUCGGCACCGCCUCUCCCUUCUCCCUCCCUCCCUCCUAAUGGAUACCCACCCAACAAUUUCAUCCCAAGAGAUUCCUCUUCGGGAAGUUUGCAUGCCCCGCAGCCACGUCCCUUAUUACCGUCAACUCUCAGUUCACGCGCAGCUUCUGGCAUCGAGCAGGCAGCUUCCUUCGCUGACCCGAGUCCUCCCAAUUCACCUGCUGAGGAAGCGCGGUCUCUACCCAAGGGUCCAGUGACAUCCAGCAUCUCAGCGCAGAUGAAGUGCAAGGUAUUCUUGAAGCAACAGCAUGCGCAAUGGAAGUCUUUAGGUUCUGCCCGUCUCAAGCUGUAUCACCAAGACCCCACGAAUAUUAAACAACUCGUUGUGGAGUCUGAGAACAAAGACCAUUCCGUUCUGAUAUCUACAAUUGUUUUGACUGAUGGGGUCGAGCGCGUGGGUAAAACUGGUGUGGCUAUCGAGCUUAGCGACAAGGGUGCACGGACAGGUAUUGUAUACAUGAUACAGUUGCGCAACGAGAAGUCCGCGGGCGGUUUGUUCGAUAGUUUACUGGCGGGAUCUGAUAGAAACGCAAAUUGAUUGCAUUCUGUUAUAGCGGGGACUUUGCAUAAUUUCAUUAUAGGACAGAUGUCGUAUGGACGGUGUUUCAUUCUUUUUCUUAGCAUACCCAUGAUCUUCGAUAUCUUUUCACACUCACUCGAGAUUCUUUUCCCUGAAUUAUGAUAUAAAUUACUACAUUACUUACUGCAACGCUUUCUUCAUGCAUUUGGAUCCCGAUUUAAUGAAACAUGAUUAAUGCGAUGAAUUCUCGGA